UCUCUGUCUCCCACACUUAGUCAGAGUAACAGUACAGUGAGGUGACACAUUCCCAGAAGCUUAUCAGUAGAUUCAGACCAGACUGGUGGAUCUAAACCAGGAGAUUUUAUAGGCUUCCCAAGACAGAGGAACAAAGCACACAAGAAUCGUCCAAUCAAAAUGGAUAUUCCCGAGGGAGAGGACUACGAGUACCAUGACAACAUGAGCCUAUUUUACCAUGACAACUACAGCUACGAAGACUACCACACCGUAUGCGAGAAGAGUGACGUGCGCUCCUUUGCCCGGAUCUUCUUGCCUGUGGUCUACGUCUUCUGCCUGGUGGUGGGGGUGGCUGGCAACGCCAUGGUAGUGGCCGUUUAUGCCUACCGCAAACGCCUGAAGACCAUGACGGACGUAUACCUCACCCACCUUGCAGUGGCCGACCUCUUUCUGCUCUUCACCCUUCCGUUCUGGGCCGCUAAUGCUGUGCAGGGCUGGGAUCUAGGCGAGGCUCUCUGUAAGAUAGUCUCUGCCUCUUACACGGUCAACUUCACUUGCUGCAUGCUGCUGCUAGCCUGUAUUAGCCUCGACCGCUACUUAGCCCUGGGUCGAGUUCAGGGUAGACAGCAAGGAGUCCUGGGAAGGGCUCUCCACCGACGUCACAGCGGGAAAGUGUGUGUGGCGGUGUGGGCCGUGGCCCUGCUCUUAGGCCUGCCUGAAUUGAUCUUCUCCACAGUGAAAGAGUCCACCAGCAGGAGGAUGUGUCUGAUCGUGUACCCCUACAUCAUGGCUCAAGAACUCAAGGCUUGUCUGGAGGUUGUGGAGGUUCUCCUUAGCUUCCUGCUGCCUCUCUUGGUCAUGGUAUACUGCUACUAUCAUGUAGGGCAAGCGCUACGGGGUCUCCCUGAGCAGAGCAGGGGCAGGAAGUGGAAGGCUGUGCGGGUGAUGCUAUGGGUGGUGGGAGUGUUUGUGGUUACCCAGUUGCCCUACAAUACAGUGAAGGUCUACCGUGCUAUGGACUCCGUCUACAGGCUGGUGACCCACUGUGGGGCGAGCAAGGCUUUGGAUCGUGCGGCUCAACUCACAGAGAGUUUGGCUCUGAUCCACUGCUGUUUAAACCCAGUGCUUUACGCUCUGCUUGGGUCCUCUUUCCGUCAACACGUGCUGAAAGUUGCCAAGAUGGUUGGAGAGAAAAGGAAGAGAAGGAGAGGAGAGGCAGGUCAGAGAGAAGAGCAGGCAGUGGAUAUGUCCUUCAACUCUCAUUCAGCCUCUCAGGAAACAAGCACUUUCUCAAUAUGAAUGAGUUACUGCUACUAAACUGUAACUGGUUAAAAUACUUUUUUGUAUUCAAAUUAGGUAGGGUUCCCUACUACCUAUAAUAGCUGUGCUUGAAAGGUUGUUGAAAUGUUGAAAUUUAUUUACAUUGGUAUCAACAUUGUUACUUAUUAUAUUCAGUCACAUAUCAACAUAUUAAGUACAAAUAUUGUAAAUGUAUAUGGAAGCCAAUAAAAAGUAUGUCUAAAUACUACAAAGCAUUUUUCCCAUAGUGGAACUACAUGAAAUACAGAAAAUAAUGUACAGUACUUGUCAACAAAGCUAUUAUCUGGGCUGGCAUUGUGUAGACAGUAGCUAUGCGAGGCCAGUCCUCUCCAGAAAUGUGGUCAGCCUAGAUUUCCGGCAAAGGGAAUGUUUACAUAUUUGCCUUUUAAUGUCAACAAAUCUGUAUUGCUGUAUUGUGAUUGCAAUUAUAGAGGAUUGCAAAAUGACACUGUUUCCCCCCAUCUCCAAAUGUAGUUGUGGGCUAGGCAACAUUUAAGUGAGUUUAAGCACACUGUUUCAGGCGUAGUCUUACAUCAAGGCCUUUAGACGACUUUACAGAGUAGCACAAUCUUCUCUUUUUUCCUCAAGCAACCAAGUAAACAGUGCUGCAAUUAGACUGUUCUAGGAAGUCGCUGUUUGUUGUUGCAUGGUCUCAAACCUAGCACUCACUUGUUAGGUUUUAGGAUUCUUCCCCAUGCUGAAAAAGAUAAAGGGUGUUUUCCCCGCACACAUUAACCAUACCGUAUCAAAUACCAUCGGUUUAUAACAGCGGGUAAUUUGGUAAGAUUGUAGAACACGCCACGUUGCCAGGCAUGACGGAAUUCAAUCUUUUUUUAUGUGAAGAGUUGCUUGUGAUUUAAAUUCCUCAGGACAUCUGAACCCCACAUUUACUCCAUAUCAUUCUUCCGCGUGACAAUAAGCAGGAAGCAAGCGUCAGCCCUCCAGGAACAGACAACGAGACGCUCUGAGGAUGAGGUCAACUCGUGUUCCUGUCCUUCUAAACACAACCUUGGAAAAAAAGAUUACCUUGGAGUGUACAGUGUAGCAUACUUCAUGUCUUUACUUACAAUGCCCUUGUGAAAAACAAUGGGACUUCUGUGGUGAGUUUCAGGUAAGUGUUUGUAGGAUCUGUCAAUGUCCCUGCCAAAAAACCUUGCCUGACUGGUUGUGGAUGGAAAAUUGAGGCUGCAAUCAUUCAUUUCCUUCAGGAAAGAUUUAAUUAAUUCUGCACUGGUUGAGAUUUGAGCUUGCAAAAAUGUGGGAUAUUCAUGCCAUUCUGUUAACAAUAUUUCCUUUUUUGUAAACUCAGAGAGGGACUGUUGAUGCUUUGCACCUCAGAAUGCUACCUCAUGUUUUCACAUAUGGGAACUCUUACCAAUGCCCCCCCCCCCCCCCCCUCCAAACAAAUAACACAUGUACAACACGCACACAACUUUCCACAAUCUGGGUUUUCUUUGAUUUUCUCAACCCCCUGUACUGUUUGCAUUUUGUUUUUUAAAUGGUCAAAGAAAAUAAUUAUGUGGGUGAUUAAAGUUGAGAAGCUCCAUGA